CAACGACACACACACAACACGCCAAAUUGAAGCUAUCACCACAUCGCACAUAACGUGAUUCAAGACGCCAAUAUGAGCGCCCUUGGGGCUGCUUUUUCUACUCUUGAAGAGGCCCGCGCUGCCCUCGACGAAAUGGCCAAGGGCCAGGGCUGGGCCCUCGCACAACGCACGAGAAAACUGGAUCCACAGGGGCAGGUCAGAUACCUCAUCCUGCGCUGCUCAAAGGGCAGGGAAUACCGUCAGAAUCCCACGGUCGCUUCCACGCACGAGACCAAGCGGAGGCAUCGAGUCUCGACCCAGCGGACGGGCUGCAAGGUCACCGUCACCCUCACCUUCAAGAAGGACACGCAGAAAUGGGUCACGGCGAUGCCCAACGGCGACGAGCAUAACCACGCUCUCUUGCCCGCGCAGGCGCAUACUAAAUACCGUAUUGAGGGCUUGAACGCGCUUCGUGACAGGAUCGUGAGUCUCUACAACGCUGGCGUUAAGCCUACGAGCAUUGCGACGCAGCUGCGGGGCGAAGCCAAACCCGACGAAGCUCUCGCCGGGAUCUCAAGUCAAGACGUCAGGAAUGUCCUCGCCCGGCAUAGUAUGGGCGGGGGCGCUAGUACUACGGGAACUUGACAACGACAAGCGCACCUCGCAUAUCCGCUGCUGCAAAACGCGAACGUCUCCGUCUUCAGCUUAUUACCGCCGGUUCUCGCUAGGCACGAGGCAACAAAACUGGACUUGCACCAGGGUCCAGCACACAGGCUGCAACUGGAACGUAGCAAAAACCCCAGGAUAUGGCCCGAUGCCCGAUGCUCCGAGACAAACACCUCGCAUCGCACAACGCCUGCUUGUUGCUUUCUACACGUCAGAGCCAUCCAUAUGGCAGUCCCUCAAACACCCCUUGGGUACGACUACUAUUUGAGCAGAAUGCAGCGUGGUGCUUCAAUUAUGUCUUGGCCCAAACGCCGGCGCCCUC